AUGAGCCACGAACUCACCCUCAUCGUCGCGGCCACGCGCAACAUGGGUAUCGGGGCCAAGGGCGGUCUCCCGUGGACGGGACUCAAGAAGGAGAUGGCGUACUUUGCGCGUGUGACCAAGAGGCUUCCAGCUCAGGCUCCCCCAACCGCAAAGAACGCAGUCAUAAUGGGCCGCAAGACAUGGGACAGCAUCCCCCCGCGCUUCAGACCCCUCAAAGACCGCCUCAACAUCGUCAUCAGCCGCUCGCACCCGGCGACCCCUCAACACCCCGAGGACGUCGCGAAGGGGCCCGUCAAGGUCGAUUCCCUCGAGCAGGCCCUCGCCUUCCUACGCGGCCGCCCCGCGGGGGAGGUGGGCAAGGUGUUCGUGAUCGGGGGCGCGCAGAUCUACGGCGCGGCGCUGGGGGUUCCGGAGGCCAAGAGGGUGCUGCUGACGCGGGUGACGAGCGAUUUCGAGUGUGAUGCUUUCUUCCCGCUCGAGCUUGGCGGGGAUGCUACGGCGGAGGGUUGGAGGAGGAUGGGGAAGGAGGAGCAUGAUGGGUGGGUUGGGGAGGAGGUUGAAGGGGGCGAGGUCGAGGAGAACGGGACGAGGUAUGAGUUCCAGAUGUGGGAGAAGGCGUGA